AUGGAAUCCGAUGUCGGAUUAGUUCACCUGGGAACGAGAAAGAAACAAGCACAUGAAGACACAAGAACAUCUACUCCAAAAAAAUCUUUAAAUACUUCUAAAUCAACUGAAAUGAGUUUAACUUCUACAACAUCAUCAGAAAAAAAUUCACAUGAAGAAAAAAAAACAUCUUCGAUUAGUUAUGAUCAAAUUAAACAUGAUAUGGAAAAAUGUGAUGCAGCGAUUAAGGAUUACGAAAAGGAAAUGAAAAUAUGUACCAACAACAAUUUAUUUAAUUAUUAUAUUGCAUCGGCAAGUAAAUUACGAGAACAAAGUAUGAUGUUUUUGGAAAUUUAUAAAAAACAAGAAACUGAUUCAAAAUUUACUGAAGAAAUACAAAAAUUAUCAUUGAAGGUUGAGUAUCUUUUACAACAAAAUAAAGAUCGUCUUAAAAGUGAACUAGAUUGUUGGGAUACAAGUUCAACCAGAACAAAAGAAGAACAAGAUGAUUUUAAAAAUAAGUUAAUUACAUAUUAUAAUUGUGGUUCACCCAAGAUGAGAACAAUUAAAUGUAUGAUCUUAAACAAAUACUUCGACCGAAAUUUUGUACGUGCUUCACAUAUAUGGAAAGCAGCUACAAAAGGUGUAGGAUUAACUGAAUUUAAAUUAAGUGAAUCGGAUGUUAAUAAUGAACGAAACGGUUUAUUAUUGUAUGAAUCAAUUGAAAAAACUUUUGAUUCUAAAAAAUUGUGCUUUCUCUAUGAUCCAUUUGCUGGCAAUUUACGUGUCAAGAUUUUAUGUAAUGAUCUUAGACAAACAUUUAUUGUUGAUGAUGCAAUAAACAGAACAAAUUUCAAUGAAUUACGAACAUUCAAUGACAUUGACAAUGCUGUUCUGCAAUUGCCUCCUAAUCUUUUUCCAUAUCGACGUUUAUUAAAUUGGCAUGGUAGAUGUUCAUUUAAAACUGCAAAAGCAAACAAAUGGAUAGAUAAAGAUGAACGUUUAGAAGAUUUUUUUCAUUUGUCGGAUCUUAUAUCAUUACCAGGUGAAGACUAA